AUGGAGCUACGGUCAGGGCGCCGCCUGAUGCCUCUGGAGAACACGGGAGCCUCCUGUGGGCCUCCCCAGCCUAAGAGGAGGCGUCAAGACCCCAAUGAGAAAGUGUGCAGGCUGUGCCAGCGAGCAGAUGCAGACCCCAUGGUGGUUGGAGAGUUAUGUCGUCAGGACAGGCUCUCUGUCCAUGAGAACUGCCUGUACCAUGCCAGUGGGCUGACUCAGAGGGGAGCUGACAACGAGGGCUUCUACGGCUUUCUCCUUCCUGACAUCCAACAGGAGAUAAAGCGGGUGGCAACGAAGAGGUGCUGCUUCUGCCACCAGCCGGGUGCCUCGGUCACCUGCCGGGGUCGGCUGCAUCGCUCAUCCGGCUGGAGCCACAGGCGCCGCUGCUCCCGCACCUUUCAUUUCCCCUGUGGGAGGGAGGGAGAGUGCAUCUCCCAGUUCUUUGGGGAGUACAAGUCCUUCUGCUCGAAGCACCGGCCGGUACAGCGGCUGCGGGGAAUGCAGCAGCACCGGACCCCCUGCCUCUUCUGCCUGGAGCCAGUGUCGGAGCAGCCCUGUUUUGACACCCUGGUGUGUCCUGCCUGCGCCAGCGCCUGGCUCCACCGCAGCUGUAUCCAGGCAAUGGCGCUGAGCUCAGGCCCGCACCUCUUCCGCUGCCCGCACUGCCGAGACACGGAGCAGUUCCUGCCCGAGAUGUUGCGGCUGGGGAUAAAAAUCCCUGACAGGCCCUGGAGACUUCUGCUCUGCAGCUCCUAUGGCUCCUGUGGAACCCACCAGCUCUGCAGCACCCUGGGAGAAGAUGCCAACUCCUGGGAGUGCAGUGACUGCAGUGAUACAGGCACUGGUUAA